GCUUGGCUUUGGUUUGGAGUGUGCCUUUCUCCGUUUCCUUCUCGACAAAUGGACUUUUCUGUGGAUCGGUCAUAUGACGUGAACACGGGGGAAGAGGAAACACGCCUCUUCGGGACAACACGCCGCAUUUUUAACCGCAAAAGUCCGAACAAAAUGAGUAACGUGACGGGGGAAAGUUAGUGGACGCGCGCUUGGACACGAUGGUUACGUCCUCUCGCCAAACCCGAAGUGAAACUACUCAAAAAUUGAUAAGUUCCGCUUUUUACUGUAUAAUACUAUAGCUUAAUGUUGUGCAAUUUUGCUAAUAUGAAAUCAUGUGUUGUAAUUGUAGUAGAGUUUGUGGAGGAUUUAUGCCGCUGUCUGCAACGCGUCUGGUGUGAUCUAACAUGGAUUAAUUGACUUAAAUGCGCAUUACAAAAUAGUUUUUUCGCUUUACAACCAAAACUGAACAUUGACAAUGGCUGACAAAGACAAAGAAGAGCUGGUGGAAAAGUUAAGGAAGCUUUUGGUGCGAUUAAAAACUCCCAAAGAUGAAGAUCAGAUGCCCACGUUAAUUCAGAUUAUACAGGACCUCAACUUUCUGGCGCACACGGAAUAUGCAGCGGAGCUGUUUGCAGAGUUAGAUGUCCAUGGUCCUCUGAUGAUUGUGGUUUCAUCCAACAUCAGCAGUAAAACAGUGCAGCAGUUGGGGUGGUCACUGUUGUCUCGUCUGAUUGAAAUCCGCCCCAGAACUUUGUCCGAGCUCACGGCUCCUCUGCAGGCUGCAAGGGACUGGGAGGUGCUGGGGGUGCACCAGCACAUUUUAAAGGUCCUCUCUCAGUAUGCUGCAGACGCAAAAGUGACCAUGGUCACUCUGCGGGCUCUGGCUCUGCUGCUCAGAUCAGAGGUGAUGCGUUUGCUAGUCCUGGAAGAGGAGGAGGAUGUGUUUGACCUUGUGAUGACCGCUAUGAAGAUGUUUAAAGAGAGUGAGGAAGUACAGGUGCAGGGCUGCUGUGCUCUGUCCUCUUUGCUGGACACAGACAGAGAGGACGUGUUACUGGAGUUUGUGGAGAGACAGGAUCACAUCUCGGUCAUCUCGUCUCUGUACAAGUUUAAUGACAGCCCAGAGCUACUGCUGCAUGGACUCAGAGUGCUCCUCCUACUGGCACAGCUCAGUAGUAAUGUAGAGAUCCUGAUGUCUGGCAGUGUCCGGUGCUACCGUUUGGUCACUGUUGCCAUGGAUACGUUUCCUGAAGUCGAGGACAUCCAGGAAGUGGGCUGCUGCCUCCUCAACAAGUUCACCUCAGAGAGUUACUACAGUAUCCUGGUUGUUCAUGGAGUGCAGAGAGCAGUGGUUCAAGCCUGUGAGACGUUUCCUGAUAACGCAGUACUUCAGACGGCCGCACUCAAUUGCCUCGCCAGCCUCACGGCGACGAUCGUGCAGAACCAGGCUGCUGCAGCUCAGGGUCUGGAGGAGGGGGAGGAGGAGGAGCAGCGUGGCCCACAGGAAGUGCUCCAUCUGGGGCUGAACUGGAUGGAAGUGUGCUGCUCUGCUCUGGAGCUCCACGCAGCCGAACCUUCAGUGCAGGAGGCGGCGAGUUGGGCGAUUCACAGCCUGUUACUGCAUGGAGCUGGAGUGAACCAGUCUGAGGAGGAUCAGGGACACAGGACUCCAGUUCACAGACAGCUGAUGGCGGCCAUGCUGCUUCACUCCUCGUCGACCAAAGUGUUUCAGGCGGCGACCAGCGCCAUCACAGCCCUGCUCACGCACAAGAGUAAAAUGCGCCCGCUGCUGCUCUCUAGUGGACUCCAUGUGAACAUAGUGGAGAUGAUGAAGAAACACGUGGCCUCGACUGAAGUGUCUGUCAGUGCCUGUCGAUUGCUCAGUCUACUGUUCCAAGGACGGGGCGCUGGUCUAGAUGAGUUAAACAUGACGAUGGGGCAGAUUCUAUCUGUGAUGAAAACUCACAACUUUGAACCUGCUGUUCAACUGGAGGCUUUCAAGGCCACUCUGGUGCUGCUAUGUCCAGACCGCAGUUUGAGAGAGAGCAGUGGUGCUGUGUGUGACCCUGACAUGGCAGAUGUGUCUCUGAAGGUGCUGAAGACUCAGUGUGUGGUGGAGGGGGCUCAUACACUGUACCUGGAGGUGCUCAACAGGUUCAUCAGCAGUCCUUCGAUACAGAGGGGGGGCUUAAAGGUGCUCUCUGCUCUGGCUGACUGCUCCGGUGCAGUGGAUCUCCUCUGCCAGCAGGGGGCAAUAGACACCGUCCUUCACACACUCCAGAUGUUUCCAGAGGACAGAGAGAUCCACCUCUGGGGCCUGACUCUGCUGCAGCAUCUCGUCAUAAAGAAGAAACUCUCUCGGAUGAUUUUACCUGUUUUGGCGUCUGUGGUGGUCGCAUCUUUGGUCCAGUACAAAGAUGACAGAGAGAUCGAGCUCAAGUGUUUUCAGGUGUCUGUGCGCAUGAUGGAGGCUUGUUCUGGAGCUGCAGCUCAGCUUCAGAAACACGACUUUGAUCGACAGGUUUUCCAGCAGCUCAGGGAGGAAGCGCCAGAGAGCAGCAGCAUCCCGCUGCGUAGGACCGUGUGCCUGGCUCUGUCUAAACUAUGGGCUGACUCUGAGCUGCACUCCUCCAUGUUGGAAAAGGCCUGUGAAGAAGGAGACACAACUAUGGCCGAAUGUCUGAUCGAACUGGGAGCAGACGUCAACUCUAAGACCAAAACUGAACCACUUAUAUACCAGGUCUGUGAGCGUGGUGGCCCUCUGGAUCUCCUGGAGCUGUUGGUGGCUCGUGGGGCCCAGGAGCAGCACUUGCGUCGGGCUUUGGCUGUGAGUGUGAGGAGGGGGGAUGGAGCCGCGGUGGUGCAGCUUUUGGGCAGACUCGGGCUGGAUGUUCACAGCGCCUCCUUGUGUUUGGGCGGGUUCAGACUUGGGAGGCUGGAUGCAGUGUGGCUCAGUGCGCUGUUGGCCGAGAGAGGGCGCAAUCAGAGCUUCAACUCACGAUUCAACAGUAAAGGAAUUAGCCUAGCACGCUACAUUCUCUCUCUGCAGCGUCUGAAAAGCAUCUCUGGGCCUCUGAGGUCUCACACUGACCCCUGCCUGACUUCUGGGUACAUCUCUGAUGAGAGCGACGACUCCUGUUUCAGCUUCAUGUCCAUGGACGAAGGACUGGUGCUCUGCGAUGAUCUGGAGAGUGAUGGCAGUGAUUCUUUGGCUGGGCCUCUGUCUCCUAAAGCUCACAGUGACUCUUCAGAGGAGCUCAGGAGCAGGAAGCAUAACCGCCGCAGACAUGCUAGUGCUGAGGUCAGUGCAGAGAGUGGGGCCACAGAGACAGAUCCCCCUGAACCUUUACAGAAGAAAUACGGCCGCACUGGAUCUAUGCAGAAAUUGUUGAGUGAGUCCUUGUCUGUCAGAGACUGGGACAGGAUCCGACUCUUGGACCUGUCUGGGAAUGAGCUGGACUCUCUGAGCUGUUUAAUGGAUGAUGACUCAGUUCAACAACAACUGGAACAUCUGCAGAGACUGGACCUAAGCCACAACAGCCUGCUGGAGUUCCCCUCACAGCUCUGCCAGAGUCUGAGGAGCCUGACUCGUCUAGACCUUCAGGGAAACCAGCUGAACUGUUUUCCUGUGGACCUCCUGACCCUGCCCUCUCUGAGCAUGCUCAAUGUGUCCCGUAACUGUGUCCAUGCCCCCUCACUGUGCUUCAGCCAAUCAGCUGUCUGCCCGUCUCUCAAACAUCUGAACCUCUCCUUUAAUAAACUGCAGGAGUUUCCUCUGAACAUUGGGGAGUUCAUGGGCAACCUGGAGGAGCUGCUCAUAGAGGGAAACAGUAUUGUGUCUCUCUCCAUGCCUCUGUCUUUACCUGAGCUCAAACUUCUGGACGUCAGUAAAAACAACUUGGAGGAAUUAUCCUCAGACUUUCUGAGAGACUGUCCCAAACUGGAGGUGUUCAGUGCCUCCACCAACAAACUCUCUGAUCUCCUGUUUCUGCCGCUGAAACUGACGACUCUGAAAUUAGCAAACAACAAUUUCAGCCAUGUCCCAGAUGCCAUCCUCCAACUGCCAAAUUUGCGCUCAGUGGACCUAAGAAACAACAAUAUCUCCUCCCUCCCUCCUCCUUCGUGCUGGUCUUCCUUAAACCUUCGUGAGCUCAUGUUUAGUAAAAACUGUAUUGAGUCUCUGGACCUAAGCUCAGAUGUGUUCAGAUGGAGCCGACUCGAGAAACUGCACCUGAGUGACAACAAACUCACACAGUUGCCAGGGGAGAUUGGGCUCCUGGAAGGCCUCACCUCUCUGGAUGUGAGUAGGAAUCUUGGUUUGCGCUCAUUUCCAGAUGAGAUGGGUAAACUGGUGCGCCUGUGGGACCUUCCUCUGGACGGACUCAAACUGCAGCUCGACUUGAAGCUCAUCGGCUCCAAGACCAAAGACAUCAUCAGGUUCCUACAGCAGCGUCUGAAGAAGGCCAUGCCGUACUACAGAAUGAAGCUCAUUGUUGUGGGAAACUCAGGCUCCGGUAAAACCAGUCUGAUCCAACUGCUCACCAAGGCCAAAAAGUCACAGGUCACACCCAAACAGAAGGCCUGCAUCGAGGUCUCUGACUGGACCAUCCGAGAACGAGACAGGAAGAAGCUUGUGCUCAACGUCUGGGACUUCUCAGGUGGAGAGGAGCUGAGUGGAGCUCUCCCUCACCUGAUGAGCUCCAGAGCCCUGUACCUGGUGGUGUAUGACCUCAGCAAAGGUGUUGCUCAAGUGGACGCACUCAAACCAUGGCUCUUCAACAUCAAGGCAGUGGCACCUAUGUCUCCUGUCAUAUUGGUUGGGACUCACUUAGACCUGAGCUCUGAAGACCAGGUACAGUCCAGUCUGGUUACGAUCCAAGAGGAACUGUUACACCAUCAGGGCUUCCCCUCCAUCAGAGACUACCACAUGGUCUGUGCGUGUGAGGAGUCCGACGCUCUGAGCAGACUGAGGAAAGCCAUUGUCCGAGAGGCUACUAACUUUAAGAUGCAGGGUCAGCCUGUGUUGGGGCAGCUGGUUCCAGACUCUUAUGUGGAGCUUGAGAGGAGGGUUUUUCAGGAGAGGACCAGAGUUUCUCCAGACUUCCCCAUUCUGAGACGCACAGACCUGGUACAGUUCAUCCAAGAGGCUCAACUUCAACUGGAGGAGAGCGAACUACCACACGCUAUCCACUUCCUCUCAGAAGCAGGAGUUUUGCUGCAUUUUGAUGACCCUGCUCUCCAGCUUCAGGAUCUGUACUUCAUCCAGCCUCAGUGGAUCUGCAACAUCAUCUCUCAGAAGUUGUCAGUGAAGAGCUGUGGGUCUCGGGAGCAUCCUAAGGGCGUGUUGCAGCGCCACACAGUGGAGAAGCUUCUGUCUGAUACAAACUGUUUCCCAAAGUCUCACACCUCGCAGUUCUUCAAACUCCUCCAGAAGUUUCACAUUGCUCUCCCCUUCGGGGAUGACCAGCUCCUAGUGCCCAGCAGUUUGUCAAAGCAUCGUCCCGUGAUAGAACUUCCUCACAGUGAGAACUCAGAGGUUAUAGUCCGUUUGUAUGAGAUGCCAUAUUUUCCGAUGGAUUUCUGGUCCAGAUUGAUCACCCGCCUUCUAGAAGUCUCCUCUCUGCUGCUCAGUUUACGAGAAAAAAGUUCUCGCCCAAACCGGAUCUACUGGAGGAGAGGGGUGUAUCUGAGCUGGUCUCCUGAUGCGUAUUGUUUAGUUGAGGCAGCGUCUCUGGACCACUGCUCCUCCUGUUAUGUCAGGAUCACUGUCCCCUCUUCACACAAAGGCCGCGUGCUGCUGGGGCAGGUGGUGGAUCAUAUUGACUCUCUGUUGGAGGAGUGGUUCCCUGGUUUAUUAAACACAGACAUGCACGGCAGCGGAGAGGCUCUGGUAAAGAAGUGGGCUCUGUACAGCUACGAGGACGGACAGGAGUUUAAGAGGAUCCUACUGGAAGAUCUGUUCAAAUACUUUGACAAUGAUUUCUUGAUGGUUAACCCAGAGGACCCACGAUGUACUCUUCCUCUCUCUCAAAUUGCUCCUGACCUGGUGCUGAGUGAUCAAUCAGCAGCUACGAUACUGGACAAUGAAGAGCUGGAGGUGGACAUUUCUGCAGAGAACCGUUUGGGUGAUGGGGGCUUUGGUACAGUUUACAGAGGGAUGUACAAGAAUGAAGAAGUUGCGGUGAAGAUUUUCAACAAACACGCAUCUGAGCUGUAUGUCUAUAGACUCCUCCGACAGGAGUUGGCGGUACUUGGGCGGCUGCGGCAUCCCAGUUUGGUGGGUCUUUUGGGGGCUAGUUGCUGCCCUCAGGUCCUGGUGAUGGAACUGGCUCUGCGCGGGUCUUUGGACUCAUUGUUUGAGCACGAGUCCAGUCUGAGCCACAAACUGCAACACCGCAUCAGCCUGCAGGUGGCAGACGGACUCAGGUACCUUCACUCGUCCAUGAUCAUCUACAGAGACCUAAAGCCCCAUAACGUGCUCCUGUUUAACCUGAAGACAGAUUCUGAAACUAUCGCCAAGAUCACAGACUACGGCAUCGCACAGUACUGCUGCAGCAUGGGCGUGCGCAGUGCAGAGGGAACGCCAGGUUUUCGUGCUCCAGAGGUGGCUCGUGGAGGACUCAUUUAUGACUACAGAGCAGACGUCUUCUCUUUUGGGCUACUCAUGUUUGACUUGUUCACCUGUGGUGAGAGGAUCACCGAAGGAGUCAAGUUCCCCAGCGAGUUCGACGAAGCGGCUGUGCGUGGGAAACUGCCAGACCCAGUGAAGCACUACGGUCUGAGUCCUUGGCCCAGAUUCCAGGCUCUGAUGAAGGAUUGUCUCAGGGAAAACCCCCAUGACAGACCCUCCUCUGCACAAGUGUUUGAUCGUCUGAACUGUGGAGACAUGCUGUGUCUGCUGAAUGAGCUGGUGCUGCCUUUAAAUGCAGAUUGUCUGGCCCUCAGCUCUGGUCCUGGUCCAGUCUCUAGACCGGUCUCUAGUUCUAGUCUGGUCUCUAGUCCUCGUUCUGGUCUGGUCUCUGCUCUGGUUGGUGGUUCUACUCCGGUGGCGUGGCUCGGAGGUGGCAGCAGCUCUAAACGUCAGGGAAACAUCAGUGCAGUGAAUCUGGAGACUGGCAGCGUCCAGACUCAGGUGGUAGACUCCAGUCCAGUGUUGUGCCUGGCUCUGGUCCCUAACUCACAGGAGGAGGGCUGUGAUUGGCUGGUGGGCGGUACUCAGUCCGGGUCCCUGUUUGUUCAGAACACUCAGGACUGGACCCAGAGGCACCAUCUGCAGAGCGUGUCCGACGCUGUCACCUCCCUGUACUUCCACCUGCAGCCCAAACGCACGGAGAGGAGGAGUUACUUGCUGGUGGGGACAGCAGAUGGAACUCUCACCGUUUAUGAAGACUCAGCUCUCCAGGAGGAGAAUGGAGAGCCAGUGAAGACCCUGUGCUUGGGCACCAUAAACACUCCAGUACUGGGUCUGGGACUGUGCAGUCACUCUGCAGACAGUCGGGGGGCGCUGUGGGGGAGCUGUGGCUCCAGGAUCCUCUCGUUUACAGCAGAGUACGAUGUGUGUAAAAGUAUCGACACCAAACCCAGCCCCGCUCUACAGUCUCGUACAUUGAGCUCUGAGGCUUGUAUCUCGCGGUUGGCUGUGGACAAACUGGUUUAUGUGAGUAAAGUUGGAGCAUGCUCAGUAGAGGUUUGGGACAGACGCACCGAGAGGAUGGUGGACUGCAUCGACUGUGCUCAAAUGAUCAGGCAGAGCAGCUCUCGGGGCAGACCCUCACAGCAGGACCAUCCCACGGACAGCACCCCCGCCUGGGCUCAGGUCAAGUCUCUCCUGGUCCAGUCUUUGGUGUGUCUUUGGGUCGGGACCAGAGGAGGUCAUAUGAUCCUCGUGGAGCUCAGUAAGAACCAGGCUCUGCAAGUUCUGGGGCCGCACUGCCAGUCUGUGCGCUGCAUCGUCCCAUCCAACAGCGAUUUACUAAACUGGAAAAAUGUGGUUCUGGUUUUGGGUCGAAAACUUCCUCAGGACAAAACUCAGUUCGAGGAGGAGUCCGUGCUGUCCAUGUGGAACAGUGCUUUGGCCACAGAAGUGAGAGAUCUGAGCCGUGUGUGUGAGAAGAGAGACAAGAUGGCUGCCCGCAUGAGGGACCAGCUUCUGCACUGAAAUAUUCAGAAAGCACUUAAAAAAGGGAUCUGCCCAAAGUGGAUCGAAGCACAAAACCUUACCUCAUAUCCUCAACAAAACCAACAUAUUAAGACUUUUAUACAGUUUAGACAUUUAUAAAGGGAAAACAUGACUCUGUAUUUUCAAAACCUCUUAUUUUGUAAAUGACUUUUGUGAAACUUGAGCAC